AUGAUUGACAGCACUGUGGCGGAAGAGCUCCCGGAGCACAUCAUACAACUGCGACAGGCGGUAGGAACCGUCAAAUUCUGCGACAACUGCAGACAACUCGAGGAGAGGCUGCGGCAGUAUGAACUGCCACUUGCGGAGUCGGAGACGACGUGGGAUGGUCUGGCGGCUCAUGUGCGUUACUUGGAGCAGCGCCUGAAGGAGCGGCAGGAGGUCCUGGUGCAGCUGGAGCAGGACCAUCACACGCAGACGCUGUUCGACAACGCCGAACUCCGUGAGGUGGAACUGAGUGCAGCGGUGGAGGAGACGCGGCAGCAGCGCUUGGCGCGCGUGCCCUACGACGAGGCGGCCCCCAACGCUGCAGCUGUAGCUGGUGCCGUGAGGAAGCGUUACCCGACGCCCCUCAGCCUUUACUUCUGCCUGGACUCCACCCCCACCCCGCCGUUGGUAAGCACCAGCGGAGUCGUUGCGUACGCACUUCCAGCGAACUUGCCGCUGCUGUCGGAGUGA